AGACCCAUAUGCCCAAAACAAGAGAGAAAAAGCUCAUCAUGCUUUACCGCCGUGUGGCGUGAGUCUGAAGAAUUUUGUGUGCUGCAGCUUGAGCAUCGCACUCACCCACCCAGUAGCCCCCUGAUCUCCAGUUUCAAACUCCUCUCACACUUCAGUUUCAUUUUGCGGGUCCAUUUUCCGCACUCAAAACCCACCAAUUUAACUCCCUCUCUGGUUUCUACUUUCUUCACCAAACUAUAACCCAAAAUUCGAAAGAACAUAUUCCUUGCUUUUCAUUUCAGCCUCCACCAUUCGUUUGUUCCAAAACUCCUCAGAGAACCCAACUCCCCUCUGUACCCAUUUGAUUUAAAGCUCUCAUCUUUUUCACAGUUCUUGCUUUUCUCUUCAAGGAAUGAAAGUCUUUGGUGGCCAAAGCAGUGUUCUUUAUUCUUAUAUUCGGCCUUUUCGUUUUUGGGUCUCCUCUGCUUUGUUCUCUGCUCUUUUCUUUGCUCUGAAAGAUUGAGUUUUUGGGUUGUUGGAGGUGAAUUGGAGAUGGAAACUGCGGCUCUUGAUUCUAUAAUCUACAGGCUUCUUGAAGUUAGAGGGAAGCCAGGGAAGCUGGUGCAACUUCAAGAGUCUGAGAUUAGACAGCUCUGUUUUGUGUCUAGAGAUAUUUUCUUGAGGCAGCCUAAUCUUUUGGAGCUUGAUGCACCUAUCAAGAUUUGUGGUGAUAUUCAUGGUCAGUAUUCAGAUCUUCUGAAGCUUUUUGAGUUUGGUGGACCACCUUCUCACUCCAACUACUUAUUCUUGGGGGACUAUGUAGAUCGAGGAAAGCAAAGCCUAGAAACAAUAUGCCUUCUCCUUGCAUAUAAAAUUAAGUAUCCUGAGAAUUUUUUCCUACUGAGGGGGAACCAUGAGUGUGCUUCAAUAAACCGAAUAUAUGGGUUUUUUGAUGAAUGUAAACGGAGAUUCAAUGUCAGGCUGUGGAGAGUAUUUACAGAUUGCUUCAACUGCCUUCCUGUGGCAGCUCUCAUUGAUGAGAAAAUACUCUGCAUGCAUGGUGGACUAUCUCCCGAGUUAAAUAAUCUAAAUCAAAUUAAGAAUUUACCUAGACCAACAGAUGUUCCUGAAAGUGGGUUGCUCUGUGAUCUCCUCUGGUCUGAUCCAAGCAAAGACAUCAAAGGCUGGGGACCAAAUGACAGGGGAGUUUCUUUUACCUUUGGUGCAGAAAAGGUGACAGAAUUUCUUCGGAGGCAUGAUCUAGACUUAGUUUGUCGAGCUCAUCAGGUUGUAGAAGAUGGAUAUGAGUUUUUUGCUAAUAGACAACUAGUAACAAUAUUUUCAGCUCCUAAUUACUGUGGCGAGUUUGACAAUGCUGGGGCAAUGAUGAGCGUGGAUGAGUCUCUUAUGUGUUCUUUCCAGAUUCUAAAGCCUGCUGAUAAGAAGCCAAAGUUUGGGUUUGGGAGUAGAGCAGCACCUAAGACAGGUGCACCAGCGAAGUCAUUUCUUGGCAGAAUGGUGUAGGUAUUUCAUUAUGAUGAGAGAUUUAAAGAAAAUAUCUGCCUGGUUGGACAUAGCUAAUGUGGCAGCUUAAGUCCUGUUGUUUUCAAUACAAUAUAUACAGAUGGCAACUUCCUCCAGCUAGCAGAAGUGCAACAGAUUUUCUGUGAAGACUGUCUAGAGAGUCACUCCAUGUAUGGGAAUCAGAAAAGUUGGAAGAGGGCUGGGUUGAAUCAUUUUUACAUUUUCCUUGUGUUAUUUGAGUCUUGCAUUUCCAUGUAAAAUAACAACAGUUGUAAGACUCAGUCUGAUAAUUCUCUGUUCUUUGUUAUAUCCGUAUCUGCUGUACUGUUAUGACCAUAGAAUGAAAAUAGUGACUUGUGAGAGUUCAUUUCCCUUCG